AAACUGCGAGUCUGCAUUCCUGGUUAACCACCACGGCUGGAGAGAACGUGUGACAUAAAUCAUAUCCCACAGGACCCGGGGACCCUGCAUAUAUACCUAGACUUUUCACUUUGUCCAUCUCUUUUCUUUUCUUUGGGACUUAAUAUUGUGCCUGUACGAGGGGUAAAACUCGUAACAACCCGCCAAAAUGUCGACCACAGUUGAGAAGAUCAAGCAAGUCGAGGACGAGAUGGCUCGGACUCAAAAAAACAAAAACACAUCCUACCACUUGGGACAGUUGAAGGCUAAGCUUGCGAAGCUAAAGCGAGAGCUCUUGACCCCGUCUGGUGGUGGUGGAGGCGGAGGUGCUGGUUUCGAUGUUGCUCGUACUGGUGUUGCUAGUGUAGGAUUCAUCGGUUUUCCUUCAGUCGGAAAGAGUACCUUGAUGAACAAAUUGACAGGCCAACAUUCGGAAGCUGCCGCAUAUGAGUUCACAACCUUGACGACGGUGCCCGGACAGGUUAUGUACAACGGUGCUAAGAUCCAGAUUCUUGAUCUGCCUGGUAUUAUUCAGGGUGCCAAAGAUGGUAAGGGUCGUGGUCGGCAGGUUAUUGCCGUGGCUAAGACCUGCCAUCUUAUUUUCAUUGUUUUGGAUGUCAACAAGCCGCUGGUCGACAAGAAGGUUAUCGAAAACGAAUUGGAAGGUUUCGGUAUUCGAAUCAACAAGCAGCCUCCUAACAUUCUUUUCAAGAAGAAGGAAAAGGGUGGUAUUGCGGUUACCAGCACUGUUCCGCUGACACACAUUGAUCAUGACGAAAUCAGAGCCGUCAUGAGCGAAUACAAAAUCUCUUCCGCGGAUAUCUCCAUUCGAUGCGAUGCGACAGUCGACGAUAUCAUCGAUGUUCUCGAAGCCAAGAGUCGAGCCUAUAUCCCCGUUAUCUAUGCCUUGAACAAGAUUGACUCCAUUUCGAUUCAAGAACUGGACUUGCUGUAUCGGAUUCCUAAUGCCUGCCCCAUCAGUUCCGAGCAUGGGUGGAAUAUCGACGAAUUACUGGAGACCAUGUGGGAGAAGCUCAACCUCCGACGAAUUUACACCAAACCCAAGGGCAAGGCCCCUGAUUACACUGCUCCUGUUGUGCUCAGGGCCGGCGCAUCCACGAUUGAAGAUUUCUGUAAUGCCAUUCACCGGACAAUCAAGGAUCAGUUCAAGCAGGCCAUUGUAUAUGGACGCUCUGUGAAGCACCAGCCGCAACGUGUCGGUCUCACGCACGAGCUCGCGGAUGAGGAUAUCGUGACGAUUGUCAAGCGGUAAACGACUUGCAUCGAUCCUAAUCCCCAUGACCGCGUAAGAGCGGAGAAGAAAGUGGCGAAUCGCGUUCAAGAGGAUGGAUAAUCUGUGUUAAGUGGUGCUUUUAGUCUUCGCUCAUUAUCCAUGUCCACCAGGCCCAGCCCUUGUGACAACUCUUUUCCGCGAAGCUGCCACGGAGAGUUUGAUUGGCGGUGGAGAUGGUUCGCGCACGGGCAGCAACUAUGCCACCUGCUGCCUGGAUUUGCAGGAUCACUCGUUUGAAAGGAGAUGGGGACUGAAUCAUGGGCCUACAGCCCGUGAUGCACAGUCCUUUUAUCUUGUUUGAGUAAGAGCAGGGGUGCGAGAGAGGAGGAUGAUAUUCGACGGUAGGUUGAAAGUCGGAAAAUCUGGAAUAGGGUUUUUCAUGGUUCAGCAGUACCUACAGUAGUUCUGCCGAAUUCUUACGUUCAAAAAUUUCUUUUUUUUUUCA